AUGAAAGAGCAAGCUAUAAUAUUAUCAGGAGAAAUAAAUGACUAUUGUAGUUUGUUUCGUGAUCGUUUAAAAAAUGGACAAGUGUUAGGUUAUACAGAUAUUAUUGCGAAACUUUAUUAUGACAUUGCAUAUGUGAAUUACAAAUAUUAUAGUACAGGUCUAGUAAACAAUAAUUUACUGUCAAUAAAGGUAUAUUUACAAAAAUGUAUUAAUCAAUUUGAUUGUAAAAAUCAAAUAACGGAUAACAUUAAUAUUGUAAAACAGGCAAAGUACUUUUUAGAUUCCGUUUGCGAUCUUUACGUGAGAGCGAAUCGUGAAACAGGCAACAAUCCUUCAGGGAACGCAGUUGUACUCAUCAAGACUGGGAAAAGUAACGAAUACUGUAGUUUUUUUGUGGAGAACGGUCUCUGGGUUAGAGAUACGAACGGUUUAAAAUGUGUUCAAAUUCAAAAUAUCUGUCUUCAACAUCUUAAAGUAACUGAUAAGAACGGAUUGAUUUAUAAAACUGAAGACAAUAGUGAAACGAUAGAAGAUAUUACACGAGAAGCGCAAAGACAACGUGGUCGUGCGUCUAUUAACAUUCGAUACGAUGCAUUAGAAAGGAGAAAAAAGAAACUCGAAGAAAAGAUGUUAGGCAUAUUGGAUACACCCGAACUUAAAACACAGCAAAAUUCUACCAAUGCUGAUAACUUGUUUGAUCAAUUAAAUGAAAUUCCCAUCAUAAAUAAUUUACUAUCGAUUAUAUCUUGA